AUGGAGUUACAGUUAAACUACAGGCGUAGUAAAGAACAAAAAAGUGCAAGAGCUACUCUGAUUGACAAGCUGAGAAAAGCCGGUAACUAUAACCAUAACAUAGAAGUUCUGAAAUCUGGACAAGGAGAGGUUGUACCAAAGAAAAGUUUAAGUAAGUCAAGAAGCAGUGAUGAUUAUUUGCGAUGUAGACAUUGCCUUGGAUUUUACCUAAAGCAUGAUCUAUAUCGGCAUGUCAGCAAGUGUACCUUCCGUGAGGAAAAACUUGUUAAAGGGACAAGACACCAAAGUAAUAGUGCUUUUCUUCUGCCAUCAACUGCUUCAGAAAAGGCUGGUUCAGAUUUUCAGAAGGAUGUCGUCGCCGACAUGAGUGUGGAUAACAUUUCACUGUGUGCAAGAAAUGACGAGUUAAUCAUUCUGUUUGGGGAAAAGCUUUACAAAAAACAUAAAGCUUUGCCCCACAUGCAUCAAUACAUCCGAACAAAAAUGAGGGAACUGUCUCGUUUUCUACUGAAGGCACGAGAGGAAGAUGAAGAUAUAGUUACAUUAUCAGAUUGCAUCCAAGCAAACAAGUUUGAGACCUGUGUCAAAGCUGUGAGAUCAUUAUGUGGAGUUAAAUGUGGCACAAAAGCGGAUAUCCCAUCUUUAGCUUUGAAAAUUGGAUUUUCAUUGAGCAAAUGUGCCAAUAUCAGAUUAUCAAAAGCUCUGGUAGAGGGUGAUUCUAAGGUACAGGAUAAUGUGGAAAGGUUUCAGAGACUGUAUUCUAUGGAUUGGAAUACUGAAGUUUCUUCCACAGCAUUAAAAAGUCUAGAAACAAAGAAGUGGAACAAGCCUUCAUUGCUUCCACUCACAAAUGAUGUAGUGAAGUUCCAAAAGUACUUGGACCAGCAAAUUGAUGCCAACAUAAAACUUCUGGAAUCAAAAAACGCCCAAGGUUGGAGGCCAUUGUGUGAAGCUAUUUUAGUUAGCAUCAUACUGUUCAACAGAAGAAGGAGUGGUGAAGUGGAGAGGUUGUCCUUGGAUGUUUUCAGUCUCAAAAGCAAAACUGACCUCAUGCCAGACGUGAAGGAAACCCAUAACAAUUUGGAAAAACAUCUUGUGGAGAAUUUGUCAAGAGUGGAAACUCGUGGAAAGCGGGGAAGAAAGGUGCCAAUUUUGUUCCCCAAAAAAACAGAGGAAGCACUGGAUCUUCUCAUACAAUACCGAUCAGCAGCUGGAAUAGAAAAGGGAAACCCAUAUGUGUUCGCUAACAACGCAAUAGGCUAUGUACGCGGAGCUGACUGCAUGAGAAGUACAGCAUCGGAAGCAAACUCAGUUCCUUGGACACGAUGUGAAGGUCCAUAG